AACUUGUUUGUUCAGGCUGAGAGCCAGAGAUGAGCAACUCUGGAUGGAGGCAGAUCAGGCCGCUCCAACAAAACGCUCUUUGGCCUAGGAGGCAUCAGGACUUGUCAUUUGAUGACCAGCGCGUAUCAUCGACCGUCACCAGAGAGAGAUGUAUGUGACAGACCUGUCAUAGGAGGCAAGAGUGAGCAUCACAGUGGGUCAUUCUCAUCGCUGCAAAAAUGCCACACCGGCAAGACUACAAAGAAGCUUCAGAACUGCUACGCGCAGUCAGAACUCCAUCAGAUCCUUGUUCCCCCUGAUGUAGCAAGACAGAUUCAUGAAGCGGAAUCUUUACCGCCGACAUCGCCGUACGUCCACCCUUCAUUGGAUGCUCCUCCUCUACGAUGCCUUCCCUCCUUGAUGCCACAGAUGCUAAUGGAUCGAUGGUUCAAACGGCAAAAUCUGCACCGGAAUGAAAGGUCAAAAGAUGUAAACUUGCAACGGAAUUUCUCCAAAGAAUUGUUCGGAAUCGGUGCCCAGUUUAGUUCCAUUGUCUGAUGCUUCAUUAACUGUCUCCAAAGGGUUGGGCAUUGCACUGAUGAUGAUGAGCUGAAUAGUUGGUUAAGAAUUUAAGCAUGCAGUUGUGCAGAUUUAAUUAGCUGUCUCCCCAGGCUUAGAUUGAUGAGCAGAAAAGUUGAUUAAGCUUUCAUUCUACAGGUGCUUGCGUAUUAUAAUUGUUAAUUUGACAACUGUGCAGUUACUUCUGCUUUCUGUUGUCAGUUGUCCAACUGAACUGCGACCUGCAGGGUCUUGAACUAUUGCAUGAAAUCAGAUCGUACAGUACACUCUCGUCUAAUGAUAAAUUGUUCAGUGCUCUCACUUGUCUGCGGGUCCUAAUUUUAUCUACACUUCAAAUUUUCAAUA